UGAAUGGAUAAAGAAGUGGUACAUAUAUAUGAUCGGAUACUUUUCAGUCACAAGAGGGACAUCCUGCCAUUUUCAACUAGAUGGAUAGACUUUGAGGACAUUGUGCUAAAUGAAAUGAGUCAGACACAGAAAGGCAAAUACUGUAUGAUCUUAUUUAUGUGAGGAAUCAGAAAAAGCCAAACUCAUAGAAACUCAGAGUAGAUGCUUUGUCGGGAGCUGGAGGGUGCAGAAAAUGCGGAGAUGUUGGUCACACUGUAUAAACUUCACUUAUAAGACAAAGAAGUUCUGCAGAUCUAAUAUACAGCUUUGUGAUUAUAGUUAAUAAUACUGUAUUAUAUACUUGAAAGUUGCUGAAAGAGUAAAUCCUAAAUGUUCCACCCCAGAAAAGAAAUGAUGAUUAGGUGACAUGAUACAGGGGUCAGCUAACACUAUGGUGGUAAUCAUUUUGCAACAUAUAAGUGUAUUAAAUCAAGUUGUACACCUUCAACUUACCCAAUAUUAUAUGUCAGUUAUAUCUGAAUUAAACUGGAAAAACAUGCAGAAUGUGGUUUUAGUUAGUUUUCCAUUGUAAUAACAAAAAAUCAUGUUGCGUUACUUCCAUUAUCAUCAAUUUGGCUUUUUCUUUUUUUUAAUGUUUAUUUAUUUAUUUUGAGAGAGAGAGAGAGAGAGAGAGAACAAGCAGGGGAGGGGCAGAGAGAAUCCCAAGCGGGCUCCACACUGACAGUGCGGAGCCCAACUGGGGGCUCGAUCCCACGAACCAUAAGACCAUGACCUGAGCUGAAAUCAAGGGUUGGAUGCUUAACUGACUGAGCCACCCAGGUGCCCCCAAUUUGGCUUUUUAAAUCUAGCACUCUAGAUCAGUCAAUGUGGCUAAAAGCCAUUCUUUUAAAUACAUGCCUGAGAUGCCUAGGUGGCAGUUAAGGUCAGUUAAGGUCAGUUAAGGUCAGUUAAGCAUCUGACUCUUGAUAUUGGCGCAGGUCAUGAUCUCACAAUUUGUGAGAUCAGGUACCACAUCAGGCUCUGUGGUGACAGUGCAGAGCCUGCUUGGGAUUCUCUCUCUCUCUCUCUCUCUCUCUCUCUCUGCCCCUCCCCCCACUCGCUCUGUCUCUCUCUCUCAAAAUACAUAAAUAAGCAUACAUAAAUAAAUAAUCAAACAAACAAAUAAAUAAAUGUAUCGAGUGAAUGUAGCUUAGUUGCCUCUGCCCUUUUCCUGUUGGUGGACAUUUGGGUUAUUUCUCGGUUUUGCCCCUUGUAAUACAGCCUGGUUUUCUAGGAUAUUUGCUUCUGUAGAUCUAAAUCCUAAAAGUGGAUUGUUUGGGAAUCACUUUCUCAAAAACCUAUGGGGAUUCCCUCUUUCACCAACAUUAUAUGGGCAAUCUCUGUUCCCUUGGCUCUAGAUAUCCAGAAGCCUUUUAAUUUUCAUCAGUCUGUUGGAUGAAAAUGUGAGCUCCUUGUUUUUUUGUUUGUUUGUUUGUUUGUGUUAAUUUUUUUAAUGUUUAUUUACUUUUGAGAGAGAGAGACAGAGCAUGAGCAGGGGAGGGGCAGAGAGAGAAGGGACACAGACUGUGAAGCAGGCUCCAGGCUCUGAGCUGUCAGCACAGAGCCUGUCGUGGGGCUCGAAAUCACAGACCAUGAGACCAUGACCUGAGCCGAAGUCAGAUGCUUUACUGACUGAGCCACCCAGGCGCCCCUGAGAGCUCCUUGUUUUACUGGCCACGCUAUUAUUAUUAACAAUAUCAAACAUCUUGUCAUAUCUUUAUGAACUAUUUGCAUUUCCCCUCAUUCACAUUAGUUGCUUGUUACUAUUUGUUGAUUAUUUUCCUAAAGGGUUGGUCAUCUCUUCUCAUCUUGGAGGACCUUUUGUAUAUCAGAUUUUAAACGUUUUUUAAUCAUACAUAUUGCCAAUAUUUUCUCCAAUUCCUUAUUUUUCUUUUUGUCUGUUAUCUUUUGUGAUAACAAAGAUACAAGAAUAUGUAAUCAGGUAUGUCUUUUUCCUAUGGCAUCUGGGUUAUAUAAGAAAGUCAUUCCCACCUCAAUUUUAUAUAAAUAUUCUCCUCCCGGGGUAUCUUGUAAUAUUUUUAUUCUUUUAUUUUUUAUAUUUUAAGCUUUAAUUUUUGUGAUAUGUAUUUGUAUGUGUGGUAUGAGGGAGGGAAUCUAGUUUUCACCUUUGCUAGAUGGAUGUUCAGUUAUUCCAGCACAAUCUUUUAAAUAGAACUUCCUUUUCCUUCUGAAUUGAGAUGUCACCAUGGCUAUUUUCCCCAGGAUCUAUCUGUAUGGAUUUUGGGAUUCUCUGUAGUGGUCCACUGGCCUGUUAAUCUAUUUCUAGGUAAAUGCCAUACUUUUUUGAUCAUAGACAUUUUUUUUUUAAUCUUACAGCCUAUUAAUGCAUAUUUUCUACUUGUUAUUUGGGUUUUUUUCUUUGAAAAUAUAUUGACUGUUAUUACACAUUUGUUCUUCCAUUUUGUGCAUUUCCAGCAAUGACUCUGUGUAGCUUUUAUGUUCUUUAAUGAGAUUUUGAAUUUUAUUUUAUAUUUUUAUUUUUCAUACUUUAAAAAGACUUUAUAGUUUUAUUCAUAAAGAACCUGGACCUGUCUUGUUUAUUGCUUUUCCCACUAUUUGAAUAAAAUACAAUUCUUUUCCAUGUCUGUUUUCACCCUGAUGUUACUGAUACGGAGGAAAGCUUUUUUGUUUAUUUAUGUUUAAUCCAGUCCCUUUGCCAACUUCUCUUAUUAAUUCUAAUAGUUUUUAGAAGAGUUCUUGAAACUUUUAGGCAUGUGAUUAAGUUAUCUGCAAAUUCCAAAUAGGUUUGUCUCUCCUUCUCUAAUAUUUAUAUAAUUUAUUUUAUUUCAUGUCCUGUGGUAUCACUAGAAAUGUCAGAAGUUGAAUCAUCAUGAUAGAGAUGCAUCUCUCCUGUUCCUGAUUUUAAAGGUCUUGUCCUCAGCAAUCUAUAGGCAUUUGCUGUAGAUUUUUGGUAUAUAGACUGUUAUUAUAUUUGGGUAGUUUCCAUAUCUUUUUUUCUGCUUAAGAGUUUUUAUUGUAAGGGAAGAUUGUGGGAUUUUGUCAAAUUCCUUUUUGGAAUUUUUGGCAGCUAUUGAUACAUUCAUGAAACCUUUCUACUUUAAUUUGUUGAUGUAACAAAUGAUGAUGAUAAAUUUCCCUUUUCAUUUAUGAUGUUGGACAGUUUUACUUUUUCUCUUUUAAACUUAAUCAGACCAGCCAGGGAUUUAUAUGUUCUAGUGGUUUUGUCAAAGGACUUGCUAGAUUUACUUAUGUAUGUAUGUAUGUAUGUAUGUAUGUAUGUAUGUAUUUAAUGGUUUGUUUGUUUCUUAUUCAUUAAUUUUAUCUUUAUCUAUACAAAAAUCAUCACAUCUCUCUCUUUGAAUACUGAGUGUUUGUCUUUGAGUAUUUUGGAUAUUGCAGUAUGAGAUUUCCUGGGCUAAUCCAGGCUCCAGACUUCACUGCUCUAGGACCUUCAUAUGGUAACUUUACUUCUCUGUUUUGUUUCCUUAUCUUAAAGAUAAGAAAGAUAAAGAGAGAUAAAGUAUCUGUCUCAGAGGGAUGCUUGACAGUUAAAUGUGGUAAUAUUUGUAACAUUCUAAAAACAAUGCCUGGCACAUGAUAAGUACCUAAUAGAAAAUAGUUAUUAUUAUUGGAGUUCUUUUUUAGAUUUACUAAGUUAAAUACUUCAGUCUUUUUCCCCCUAAUUUUAGCUUGUCAUUUGCAUUAUUCAGUCUUUCUUGUGCUAUCAAUUUGUGCUGGCUUUCUUUAUCAGAAUCUGAAAUAUACACAUGGACGUACACAUAAACAUUUAUAAAAUACAUGUUUAUGUAUUAUGUGUACAUAUGUAUUUCCUGCUUCUGAUUUUUUUUUCUACCUUGUCACAUGGUUCUAUAAGUUUUUGCUUCAUAUGCCUGGUUUAUGGCUUUAGGACCCAUUUUGACUUAUUUCAUUAUGUCAAAUAACUGCUUUAAUCCUGUUCAUGCUUCUAUCAUUAAAAUUGGGAUUGUCCGCUCUUCACAUGGCCCCAGGACGUUAUUUUUUUUUUUUUUGAAUCAACCUUUUAUAAGUUUUCCCAGACAUUUAUCUUCAGUUUUUUGAUUGUCUUAGGUGUAUUUUAUAAACAGCAUUUAGUUUUUAAUCCCAUCUGAGAGUGUAUCUUUCAGGAAUCCACUCAAUUCACAUUUAUGUGGUACCUGUCAUACUAACUUAUUACUCCCAUCUUUUUAUGUUCUAUUCAUCGCUAUUUCCUUUUAACCGGUCCCUUAUUUGCUGGUUUUGUAGUUUUUAAAGAAUACCAGGGGUGCCUGGCUGGCUCAGUCAUUAGAACAUGCAACUUUUGAUCUUGGGGUUGUGAGCUCCAGCCCCACACUGGGUGUAGAGAUUACGUAAAAAUAAAAUUUUUAAAAAUAAAUAAAUAACAUAAAGAGUACCAAUAUUCUUAUCAAUAGUAAAUGUACAAUAAAUGUUAAAGAUUAACCUCAUGUUGUAAAGGAAAUAGUGAUCAUCCAGCCUCUACCUUUAUAUUGUCCUUGGUGUUUUUCCCAACAGCUUCUUACCCUAUUUGAUCCCUACAACACCUUGGUAUGAACUGCAGGGAUAUAAUCUGUUUUCCAGAUGAAAAUAUUAUGGUUUAGAGACAUUCUGUUACUUGUCCAAGGACAGCAAAUACUAAGCAGUAAUACUCAGACCAGAACCUGAGUCUUCUGAACUCAGGGCUUUUCCCAUUUCUUGAUUCCUGAACUGUACCUCCCAAGUUCAUCAGCGGUUAUCAUAUUUCUCUGUACAUGGACUCCCUGGGAACUUCUAAGAAUCCCAGUGCUCCUGUCAUACCCUACACUGAUUGAAUCUGAGUCGUGGGUGGGACCUGCAUCAGUUUAGUGUAAAACAUUCCCCAGGUGAUUCCAGUGUGCCCCCGAGCUUGAGAGCCAGUGACUUUGAUUUUCUUGGCUAAAGGUUAAAAGCAGAAAUGGUUGGCAUCUAUAUCUGCCAUCUUCUCUACAGGGUAAAUCCUGCUACGUUUGCCAAGAUAGUCAUAGAGCAUAAAAGUCAUUAUUGCGUGUUAGAAGGAGUAGACAAAGAAAAGACAAUGUUACUUUUCUUCUCCGUGGCCCAGAAGAGAAAAUGAACUUGACAGUGCAGACUGAGUCAUAAGGAUUUUUUGGACUUCCCCAAAACAGGUGGUAUUUUGAUUAUUCACGUGAAUUUCAAAGGCAAGUGCCUUUGUGUCUGGGUGGGUGUGUCGGGCUGCCUGUGACCUCUAACCUAUGAUAGCACAUUCCUUCCGUGCUUCUGGCAGAGGAAAGGGAGGCAGGCACAGUCCAGAGGGACCCAGCAAUCAGGAAGGAUGACUCAGGAGCCAGAGGCGCUGCGUGUGAAAUGGUCCCAUCUCAAGUUGCCCUGGGUGGAUCUAGACUGGCUCAUAGACAUCUCCUGCCAGAUCACAGAGCUGGACCUUUCUGCCAAUUGCCUGUCUUCCCUCCCCUCCGUCAUCCCCUGGGGACUCAUCAACCUCCGGAAGCUGAACCUCUCCAACAACCACCUGGGGGAGCUGCCUGGUGUGCAGUCAUCGGAUGAAAUCAUCUGUUCCAGGCUCCUGGAAAUUGACAUUUCCAGCAAUAAAUUGCCCCAUCUCCCACCAGGAUUCUUGCACCUCUUAAAACUUCAAAAAUUGACAGCUUCAAAAAACUACUUGGAAAAGUUGUUUGAAGAAGAAAGUGCCACUAACUGGAUCGGUUUGCGGAAGCUGCAGGAACUCGACAUCUCUAACAAUAAAUUGACGGAACUCCCUGCCCUUUUCCUUCAUUCUUUCAAGUCACUCAGUUAUCUGAAUGUCUCCAGAAAUAACCUGAAGAUGUUUCCAGAUGCCUGGGCCUGCCCUUUGAAAUGUUGUAGAGCAUCCAAAAAUGCCCUGGAAUCUCUACCAGACAAAAUGGCUGUCUUUUGGAAAAACCACCUCAGGGAUGUGGAUUUCUCAGAAAACGCUCUCAAAGAAGUCCCCCUGGGGCUUUUCCAGCUCGAUGCCCUCAUGUUCCUGAGGUUACAGGGCAACCAGCUCAUGGUGCUGCCACCUCAAGAUAAGUGGACCUGUAGACAACUUAAAACCCUGGAUCUCUCCAGAAACCAAUUUGGCAAAAAUGAAGACGGACUUAAAACAAAGCGUAUUUCCUUUUUCACCACCAGAGGGCGCCAGCGUUCUGGGACGGAGACAGCCGGUGUGCUGGAAUUUCCGGCCUUCCUAAGUGAGUCUUUGGAAGUCCUUUGUCUGAACGACAAUCAUCUGGAUGCAGUCCCUCCCUCGGUUUGCUUACUGAAGAGCUUAUCAGAACUCUACUUGGGAAACAAUCCUGGCCUCCGAGAGCUCCCUCCUGAGCUGGGGCAGCUGGGCAACCUUUGGCAGUUGGACAUUGAAGACCUGAACAUCAGCAACGUGCCCACGGAGAUCAGAAAGGAAGGCCCCAAAGCGAUGUUGUCUUACCUGCGCGCUCAGCUGCGGAAAGCAGAGAAGUGCAAGCUGAUGAAAAUGAUCAUCGUGGGUCCUCCGCGCCAGGGCAAGUCCACCCUCCUGGAGAUCUUACAGACGGGGAGGGCCCCCCAGGUGGUGCACAGCGAGGCCACCAUCAGGACCACCAAGUGGGAGCUCCAGAGGCCAGCUGGCUCGAGAGCCAAGGUUGAGUCCGUGGAAUUCACCGUCUGGGACAUCGGUGGCCCCGCCAGCAUGGCCACUGUCAAUCAGUGCUUCUUCACAGACAAGGCCCUGUAUGUGGUGGUCUGGAACCUGGCGCUGGGGGAGGAGGCCGUGGCCAACCUCCAGUUCUGGCUGCUCAACAUCGAGGCCAAGGCCCCCAACGCUGUGGUGCUGGUGGUAGGAACACACCUGGACUUAAUCGAAACCAAAUUCCGAGUGGAGAGAAUCGCAACCCUGCGCGCCUACGUGCUGGCGUUGUGCCGCUCGCCCUCCGGGUCCAGGGCCACGGGCUUCCCGGACAUCACCUUCAAACACUUACACGAGCUCUCCUGCAAGAGUCUGGAAGGCCAGGAAGGGCUACGGCAGCUGAUCUUCCACGUCACAUGCAACAUGAAGGAUGUGGGCAGCACCAUAGGCUGCCAGAGACUCGCGGGGAGGCUGAUCCCCAGGAGCUACCUGAGCCUCCAGGAGGCAGUGCUGGCCGAGCAGCAGCGCCGAAGCCUGAGCGACGACGUGCAGUACCUGACGGACAGGCAGCUGGAGCAGCUGGUGGAGCAGACACCAGACAACGACAUCAAAGACUAUGAGGACCUGCAGUCCGCCAUCAGCUUCCUCAUAGAGACCGGCACCCUGCUGCACUUUCCGGACACCAGCCACGGCCUGAGGAACCUCUACUUCCUCGACCCCAUUUGGCUGUCCGAAUGUCUGCAGAGGAUCUUCAACAUCAAGGGCUCCCGCUCCGUGGCCAAGAACGGGGUGAUCCGGGCCGAGGACCUCAGGAUGCUGCUGGUGGGGACCGGCUUCACACAGCAGACAGAGGAGCAGUACUUCCAGUUCCUGGCCAAGUUCGAGAUCGCCCUGCCGGUGGCCAACGACAGCUAUCUUCUGCCACACCUCCUUCCGUCCAAACCCGGCCUGGACACUCACGGCAUGCGACACCCCAAGGCCAAUACCAUUCAGAGAGUGUUUAAGAUGAGCUUCGUUCCUGUUGGCUUCUGGCAAAGGUUUAUAGCACGGAUGCUGAUCAGCCUGGCGGAGAUGGACCUCCAGCUUUUUGAAAACAAGAAGAAUACUAAAAGCAGACACAGGAAAGUCACCAUUUAUAGUUUUACAGGAAACCAGAGAAAUCGCUGCAGUACGUUCAGAGUGAAAAGAAAUCAGACCAUCUAUUGGCAGGAAGGGCUCCUGGUCACUUUUGAUGGGGGCUACCUCAGUGUGGAAUCCUCGGACGUGAACUGGAAAAAGAAAAAAAGUGGAGGAAUAAAAAUCAUUUGCCAGUCAGAAAUGAGGGACUUCUCUGCAAUGGCUUUUAUCACAGACCAUGUCAAUUCCUUGAUCGAUCAGUGGUUUCCUGCCCUGACAGCCACAGAAAGCGACGGGACCCCACUCAUGGAGCAGUACGUCCCCUGCCCAGUCUGCGAGACCUCCUGGGCCCAGCACACCGACCCGAGUGAGAAAUCAGAGGGUGUACAGUACUUCGACAUGGAAGACUGCGUGCUGACAGCCAUUGAGCAGGACUUCAUCUCCUGCCCCAGACACCCUGACCUCCCCGUGCCUCUCCAGGAGCUGGUUCCUGAGCUGUUCAUGACUGACUUCCCGGCCAGGCUCUUCCUGGAGAACAGCAAGUUGGAGCACAGCGAGGAUGAGAGCAGUGUCCUGGGUCAAGGUGGGAGUGGCACCAUCAUCUACCGGGCCCGGUACCAAGGCCAGCCCGUGGCAGUGAAGCGAUUCCAGAUCAAGAAAUUCAAGAACUUUGCCAACGCCCCAGCAGACACCAUGCUGAGGCACCUGCGGGCCACGGACGCCAUGAAGAACUUCUCAGAGUUCCGGCAAGAGGCCAGCAUGCUACACGCCCUGCAGCACCCCUGCAUUGUGUCCCUCAUCGGCAUCAGCAUCCACCCGCUCUGCUUCGCCCUGGAGCUCGCCCCACUGGGUAGCCUCAACACCGUGCUGUCAGAGAAUGCCAGAGAUUCUUCCUUUAUGCCCCUGGGACACAUGCUCACCCAAAAAAUAGCCUACCAGAUUGCCUCUGGCCUGGCCUACCUGCACAAGAAAAACAUCAUCUUCUGUGACCUGAAGUCGGACAACAUUCUGGUCUGGUCUCUGGACGUCAAGGAGCACAUCAACAUCAAGCUGUCAGACUACGGGAUCUCACGGCAGUCAUUUCAUGAGGGUGCCCUCGGCGUGGAGGGCACACCCGGCUACCAGGCCCCAGAGAUCCGUCCUCGCAUUGUGUAUGACGAGAAGGUAGACAUGUUCUCCUAUGGAAUGGUGCUCUACGAGUUGCUGUCGGGGCAGCGGCCAGCGCUGGGCCACCACCAGCUUCAGAUCGCCAAGAAGCUGUCCAAGGGCAUCCGUCCUGUUCUGGGGCAGCCCGAGGAGGUGCAGUUCCAUCGCCUGCAGGCACUCAUGAUGGAGUGCUGGGACACAAAGCCCGAGAAGCGCCCACUGGCCCUGUCGGUGGUGAGCCAGAUGAAGGACCCAACCUUUGCAACGUUCAUGUACCAGCUACCUUGUGGGAAGCAGACGGCCUUCUUCUCAUCCCAGGGCCAGGAGUACAUGGUGGUGUUCUGGGAUGGGAAAGAGGAGUCCAGGAACUACACGGUGGUGAACACGGAGAAGGGCCUCAUGGAGGUGCAGCGGAUGAGCUGUGCGGGAAUGACACUAAGCUGCCAGCUCAAGGUCCAAAACUCUCUGUGGACGGCCACUGAGGACCAGAAGAUCUACAUCUAUAGCCUCAAGGGCAUGUGCCCCUUAAACACACCCCAACGGGCUUUGGACACCCCGGCUGUUGUCACCUGCUUAUUGGCAGUGCCUGUUAUUAAAAAGAAUUCCUACCUGGUGUUGGCAGGCCUGGCCGACGGGCUUGUGGCAGUGUUUCCCGUGGUGCGGGGUGCCCCGGACGACAGCUGCUCCUACCUGUGCUCACACACAGCCAACAGGUCCAAGUUUAGCAUCCCAGAUGAAGACACACGGCAGAACCCCUACCCCGUGAAGGCCAUGGAGGUGGUCAACAGCGGCUCUGAGGUCUGGUACAGCAAUGGGCCCGGCCUGCUGGUCAUCGACUGUGUGGCCCUGGAGAUCAGCAGGAGGCUGGAGCCCUACUCGGCCCCUUCGGUGGUCACCUCGGUCGUGGGCAGCUCCGAGUGCAGGGGGGAGGAGGUCGUCUGGUGCCUGGACGACAGGGCCAACUCCUUGGUGAUGUACCACGCAGCUACCUACCAGCUGUGCGCCCGGUACUUCUGCGGGGACCCCAGCCCGCUCAGAGACAUGUUUCCUGUGUGCCCGUUGGGUCCAGAGCCCUGCGGCGGCCACACAGCCAGCCCCAAAGAGCCCAAGGGGGACUCCAUCGCGGACGUGAGCAUCAUGUACAGCGAAGAGCUGGGCACGCAGAUCCUGACCCACCAGGACUCGCUGACUGACUACUGCUCCACGUCCUCCUCCUCAUCCUCCCCCCACCGGGCCCCCAGGUCGUCCUCAAGCCUGCCCUGCUCCCCAGCAAGCUCUGCCAGCGUGCCUUUCGCCACCAACUACGAGGACUCCGACAGGCUGCACGAGCCCACCGCAGGCUCCGACAGGUCUGAGCACGACCUGACCCCCGUGGAUGGGGAGGCUUUCAGCCAGCACCUGCAGGCCGUGAGGAUCCUAGCCGUGAAAGACGUCAUCUGGGUCCCCAGGCGCGGCGGCGAUGUUAUCGUCAUCGGCCUGGAGAAGGACGCCGGAGGCCAGCGGGGCCGUGUCAUCGCCGUCUUAAAAGCCCGCGAGCUGACUCCGCGUGGGGCGCUUGUGGAUGCAGCCGUGGUGGCAAAGGACAUGGUUGUGUGUGGCUUUGAGAACGAAAACAUGGAAUGGUGCCUGGCUGUCUGGAGGGCCUGGGGCACCAGGGAGUUUGAUGUUUUCUACCACUCCUACGAAGAGCUGGGCCGGCUGGAGGCUUGCAUGCGGAAGAGAAGGUAAUUCCUAUGGAAUGACAGUUGUGCAGAGUGGCCACCCCGGGCCCACACCCUGACCCCUCUGCCUGCAGCCCGCAGCCUCCCGAGGACCCAGAAGACGGACUGGGUUCUCCCGUGAACCACUUGCUGCUAGAAAUGCUGAGAAGUUACCACCCUGACGGUGGUUUUGGGGUUCUCCGGUUCUCCAGGGCGGAGUUAGCUGCCUACCUCCAUUCUCCCACUGCGGAGAGAAGAUGGGUGGGAGAAACUCUCCCUGCCUCCUGCAUCCACUUCCAAAGAGCAGGGGAGGGGGAUCCUGCUCUGUGCUGGGUCACACAAAGUAGGGGUGUGGGCUGGGCCUUUACAGAGCAGGCCUGCCCGUUUUCCUCCCCACGGCUGGGAAAGAAUUACACUAGAGGCUCUCAGUUAGGGGAGCAGUUCAGGGCAGGGUGGGAGGAGGGCGAUGACCCUUGCCCCUUCCCCCCAGUGGCCUCCAGGCUCUCAGGACAUUUCACAAGCCUCUGGGUCCCCGGGGCCUGGGGCCCCGCUUGGGCAAGCGGAGAUCAGGUAUCUCCCGCUCAGGAAAGUCUCUGUGUGAGAAACCCUUGGGGGAAUGAAUGAGUUCCUUCAAGUGACACAGCCAGAAAGCCCAGAGCUAGUCCAGCGCCCAGAGCACCGCCUCAGCCUUUACAUUCUUCUUCUGCCGACAAAAGGCAGGGGAAACUCAAUCAGCAGGACUUGAGAAAGGGCCGUGUGUUUAUAGCUUUGUAAAAUACACUUGGACGCAGCUGGAACGCAAACCCUGUUUGUUUGCACAUAAUAAUCUUGCUUAUCACUUUAACAAAUUAAGUAAUAGCUCAGUGGUUGGGCCUCAGUUGUGAAGUCACAUUGUAUGGGGCUUCUACCAAAUGAUGUAUUUGCUAAACAUUUACUACACACGUGUACAGCAGAGUAGAAAAAGUGAAAUUGUUAAUGGGGGGGUGUAUGGGUGUGACGGCAAGAAUUUUUACAAAUGAUGCACGCACACGCACGCACACGCACACGUACCACGUGGUUACCCAGAGUAACCAUUUGAGGCUGCUUCACCCGGGAUGGCAGGAUGACCGUGAAGUCAUACUCCAGUUCAAGUUGUUAAUCUUUUUCUAAAAUUAAGUUAUGAAAACCAAGCUUAAGAUUUGCUGGGGUAUGCAGGCAAAUGUGGUUCCUUUUAUCUGAAAAUAAACAGACCCUCUUGAGAACGA